AUGGGCAUCCAAAGGCGCAAGGCGGACCCCCCGGUCGCCCGCCGCGUCCCACAGGGCCGGCAGCGCAGAGGCCGGCGAGGCCACCAUGGAGAUGCCCAAGCAGGUCCGAGACUGGGCGCAAAAGCGUCAGGAUCCUGGAUGAGCUUCACGAACCGGGGCUUCAGCAUCGGCCCCCGCUUCGCCGAGAAGACCGAGCCAUCGUCAUGCAUGGGCCGCCACGACCCCAACAUUGGCAGCAUGUCCGUCUGGGACACGGAGUCGGCCUUCCCGACCAGACAGGUCUGCGCGCAGCACCUGUCCUCCGUGGCGCACACCAUGGGUGCCCGCCGCGCGGACCCCACGGCGCCGAGGCCGCCAGAGGCGGCCCCAGGCCCGGGCACCUACGAGGGCCGGCCAGGCUUCGCCCAGGAGCUGAUGCAGAGGCUGGCGAAGAGCCCCAAGAGCAUGUAG